AUUUAACACACACACUUUUCUGUAUAAAAAUUACAAAUUUGCAAAUGUAUUUAAACUACCUGCCGCGCUCGCCAUGCAAAUACCUGCAAUAUAUGCAGCAAAUGCGACAACUGCAACUGUUACGGCGGCAUGUAAACAUGGGCGCAAAGCCGCCUAUCAGAGAAUCAACACAGUCGAGGACAACAUCAAAGCAGCUGAAGCAAUUGCUUCCACUUGCUGCAACCCAUACCUACAGCAUGCAGCGCCACUCAACGUUUAGCAGUGAUCAUGAGCAACAGGUAGAUGAUCUGGAUGGUUGCGAAAUAUCCUCUUCUGCCGGCAACUUGGAGGAUGAGCAUAAUUUAUUUUUGAGUGCAGCACGCAGUCCACAGGAGCUAUUGGAUAUGGUUGCCCAAAGCCAGCUAGAACUCCCACAUCGCGUGCAGUGCAUCUCUAUGCUGUGGGCCCUCUAUCAGCAGCUGUCAGGCAGCGAGAAGUCGGAGCUAACUGUCCAGCUGCAGCAGUUGCUUCCCUCCUUUGCAUUCCAUGUAGCCUCCAUGAGCAUGGAUCAGUUGAGCUGCUGUUAUCUGUACCUACGCAAGAUGCACGUGCCUAACAGCGAGCCCACACUAGAGCGUAUACUCAUGCGUGCUCUGGAAAUGAUCGAGUUGGCUGUGGACAAGGAACUGGUGGCAUUGCCCGCGCUCUCCCGUUUGCUGGUGGCUAUCAAUUUGGAACGGGAUUUCUUUACGCCGCUUGUCUGCCGAAAUUUUGUUCCACACCUGGAGCAGCAUGUGACCAACUGUCAAGACGAACAAGACGCACGCCUCCUAUCCACCUGCUUCUUCCAGUUGCAUCCACUUAUCGAUGCAGAAAUGUUAGCCAGAUUCAAGCAACGCGUUACUGAACUGCUGCAGUCUGGGACACUGAGCAGUGCCACGCCCAAGACACUACUCAAAUUACUUCACAUGUUCAAUCAGCCCACCUGGUCACAUUUGAACACAGCCAUGAUACGACAACUGAUGCUGACGCUGAGCGAUUGUGUGCCCACACUGGAGUCGAAUGAUCUGAAGAUCGUCUGUCGCACCUUUCUCCAUCAUCAUGAGCCGGCAGCACUCGUAGCGCCGCUCAAGCAGGCAACGGCUACACUGCUGCAACAGGAGCCAACGGCAGAUGCAUUAUUCUGCGCCGUGCCAUUUUCUUCACUGCAGCAGCGCGACGCCUACAUGCAGCAAUUCCAUCAACUACUUCACACCGAAUCCGCCUGGCAGCUGCCCAACGCCAGCGGACAUUUCUUCAGCGUGCUGCGCUCUCUAAAGGUCGCGGAUGUGCGCUACUGCGAUGCCUAUUGGUCCGCAGUGGCCGACCAGCUGCCAUCCUGCGCCCAGGAGCGGUCACAGCUGAGUUUUCUGCGACAUUGCCAGCGCUACAUGAACUUCAACAACAACCUCGGCGGAACUUAUCGUCAUCAGAAAGUGGAACGUAAGCUAAGUCACCUCUGCAUGGAUUCCAUCGAACAGGAUCUGGCCGGUAGAUUGCCUACGAAAUUCGCCCGUUUGGCUGCCUUCGUGCUGGGCUAUGGCCAUACACCAUUUGAUUGGAAGAAGUUUCCCAAUAUUCUGCUCAGCAAGAUCUUGAGUAUGGCACCACAGUUCACUAUCCAGGAUUGUUUCCUGCUCAGCCGUGGCAUGCAGAUCGCUUGCGAGCUGCGCUUCCGCCAGCAUAUACCACAUGCGCUGGCCAUGCAGCUGGCCACCAUGGACAGCAUCCUGAUUGCCUGUGCCGAGCGACACCUGAGCAACAGCGAAGAGCAGCCCCUCAAUGCCAGCGAUCUGAGCAUCAUUGUGCGCACGCUGAGCCAUCGCAAGACUCUGAAGAACAGCCAGGUGUACAACCAAGCGCUAGCCCACUAUAAGACUCUGCAGUGCAACGAUCUCAAUUCGCGUGUCGUGCGCGAGAUGGCCUACAAUUUCAAUGCCUCGCACUACUAUGUGCCGGAACUGCUGGAGUCCAUGUUCGACUAUGUGGCCCAACAGCACGAGCACAUAACGGGCGACACAGUCGAGAAGGUGCUCACCUGCGCCUACAAUCUGGGCUACACACCUGCUUCCCUGGAGGCAUUGGACUAUGCUGCUUUGGUCCUAAUACGCGACUUUGAUCACAUGAGCGGCUUAUCCUUGGUGCAAUCGUGCCUUGCGCUCUGCUUCUACAAGGCAAUACCCGAGCAGCUGAUCAACCAGGUGUUCUGCGUCAAGUUUAUUCAGCGCAUUGAGGACGAGAUCCAGAUCUGUUACUCAAAGGCCACAUAUCCUGGCAUGGUGCUGAAUCGCGUGAUGCAAUUGAACCGCACCGUUUGCCUGGAUAUGCCCGAAACAAAUGUGCCAUGGUUCCAGCAGAACUACGUGGAGGCACAGCUAAGCAAGAAACACGUUGUACCCAGCGCUUUUAAUACGGAUGUGAAGCAGCUGCUGCGCGAUCUGUUCAAGGAUGAGAACUAUUUUCGCUGCAAUCACACAACGCCCUAUGGCUAUCAAAUAGACUUUGUGAUACACUUCGAUAAGGACAAACGACCCAUGCCCGCGCCAGCCGUUGAGGCCACGAUGUUGGAUCGCAUAACUAAAGUGGCCAUACUUCUGCUCAAACUGGACUCCUUCUGCGAGAACGAUUUGACCGCACUGCGCGGCCCGGAAUCUUUAAAGAUCAAGCAUCUGGAAAUGAUGGGCUAUAAGGUGCUGCACAUUAACGAACACGACUGGAACUCCAAGUACAUGAAUGCGCCAGGCGCCAAGGCAAAUUAUUUGAAAUGCCUGCUGCAAAUAUCGCAUUAGUUUGACCAAUUCAUUAAUUAACUUGUUAAAUUAAGACUUACGUUUAAAAUUAGUUGAGCUGUGCAGUUGUUGAUUAUAUUGUUCUUGUUGUACUUAGCAAAUGACGUCUGUAUAUAUUUCACUAGUCAUAGAAAAGCUUUGAGAUUAGAUUUAAUAUAUGUGA